GGCGACAGACACCGCGGCCAAGAUCAAUGUCAGAAUGCGUGAGCUGGCAGAGAAAAACGCUCGUGAAACCAGAUCAAUGUCCAUUGUGUCACUAAUUUCGGCCAUCUUCCUCCCGGCCAUGUUUCUUGCCACACUAUUCGGUACCAACUUCUUUGACUAUGUGGAGGGAGAUCUCCACAUCGCGUCAAACUUUUGGAUAUAUAUAGUUAUGGCAUUGGGGAUGUCGGGGUGCACGGUACUGCUUUGGGUGGCUUAUCAGCAGAGGAGGAAAUUGAAAUCCAAACACAUGCAGAAAGACAUUGAAGCCUGUGCUGAAAAGGGACACCGAAGCUGUCAUCCCCUUGCGCUCUCCAGCAGAUCGCGUCUAUUCCUUUCCCACUCUUUCUGGAAAUCUUCCAGCUGCUGUUGAAACGACCUAGCGUUCUGUUCCGCUACCAGGCGUCAGUAACCAUGUAUAUUAGAACUUGUAUGCCAGACAAAUCUACCUUCAGGCCCAUCAAAGG